AUGAGUGACCAUAACCCUCCGAUGGAGAACCUUCUCAACCUAGACGAAAUUGAAGAUGUCGCCACUAGAAACGUGAGCAAAAAGGCGUGGGCUUAUUAUUAUUCCGCAUCCGACGACAAGAUCAGCAAGCGCCUCAACUCAGAGGCCUUCCGCUCUAUUCAACUGAGACCAAGGACAUUCAUAGAUUGCACAGAAUGUAAUCUGAACACUGAGCUGUUAAGCAACAAGGUGUCUAUUCCAAUUUAUAUAUCCCCGGCAGCCAUGGCCCGCCUAGGGCAUCCCGCAGGCGAAGCUGGUAUCGCAGAGGCUUGUCGCAGCUUUGGGGCGAUGCAAAUUAUCUCGAACAAUGCUUCUAUGAGCCCGGAGCAGAUUGUUGCAAAUGCGGCUCCGGAUCAAGUAUUUGGGUGGCAGCUGUAUGUGCAAGAUGACCGAAGCAAGAGUGAACGGAUGCUAGCUCGAAUCAAUAAGCUGAGUGCAAUCAAGUUUGUUGCGCUGACACUUGAUUCUCCGGUUACCGGGAAAAGGGAAGACGACGAGCGCAGUGGCAAUAUCCUCAAUACUAUGGUGGAAUCAAGCUCGACGGAAGCUGUGUACCAAGUAGUUGAUGGAAAUGAUUCUUCUCCGCCCACUAAGCCAACGGAAGAUCAAACCUUUACGGGCCUAGAUCCUACUCUCACGUGGAAAGAGACUUUGUCAUGGCUGGAGAGGCACACCGCAUUACCAGUCGUUCUCAAGGGAGUUCAAACCCACGAAGAUGCUUAUAUUGCCUCAUCAUAUGCGCCCCAAAUUCGAAAGUACUGCCCCGAAGUAUUUGGCAAGCUUGAUGUCUGGGUUGAUGGCGGUAUCAAGCGGGGGACUGAUGUUGUUAAAGCGAUUUGCCUAGGCGCAAGAGGAGUUGGCAUUGGAAGAGCUGCACUUUGGGGAUUAGGAGCUGGAGGCGUGGAAGGUGUAAAGAGAACGCUACAGAUUCUCACGGAUGAGACCAAGACAUGCAUGCGACUUCUUGGCGUACAGAAUGUCAAUGUGCUUGGAAGGCAACAUAUCAAUACUCGGUUGGUGGAACAACAAAUUUACAAUGGGCCAUCUGGUCUCGAGGCCUGUAAGAACAAGCUCCGGUCAAAGCUUUCGACAUCACGGUUAUAG